GCCGCGACUGCUGCGCGUUAAUGACGACGACGCGCGGCGAGGCUUGAGUUUAACGAGCGGGCGGCGGGCGACGGCACACGUGUCGCGCUACGUUUCGCAUCCCCGUUGGCUUUUCACCGCCUUGUGACGACGACGGCCACCCGCCUUGCCACGCACACAUGACGCGGGCGUUGCGGUCGGGAUAUCCAUCGCCCAGUAGUUCGAGAGCGUCCGAGGAGUUCGACUCGGAUCGCCCUCUAAUGGAGCAGAAGCUCGCGGAUUUCCGGGCCCGAAGAAAGGCCGAACGUGCCACGAAGGGGGACGAGGGAAGUGCCGCUUUGCCCCCCGCAGCGACGACGACGGCGGCGGGUCAAACCUGCCCGUCGCCCGGUGCGGGUGAAUCGCUGACCGGCGUCGAGCCGCCGCGCAGCGCGCGUUCGAGUCCGCGGGGCGGUGCGCGCGUCACGGAGAGUUCGGACUGGCUGCUGAAUAGUGCCUUGGGGAAGUGGCUGGGUUCGCAACACCUUGCCUUUUCAAAUCUGACUGUGCUCAAAGUACUGCUUUGGCUGGUCCUGCUGGGAUUGUUUGUCGAACUGGGUUUUGGAUUGCCCUUUUUCCUCGUCUCCCUCUUCUACUGGCUCUACGAAGGACUCCGUAGCCCAGCUGCCCACAAACCCGGGGAACUGAGUGCUUAUUCAGUCUUCAACCCGGACUGCCAACCUCUGUUGGGUACCCUCACUGCAGAGCAACUGGAAGGAGAAAUGGGCUACAGGCCGCUGGCCAACAGAUAAGAUAGCCCACUGGGACGGACAUACAAUUGUACAGUCGCUUCAUGCAUGGUUUCUGUUGAUCUGAUAUUUGCCACAGAACAUUCAUAAUCAAGUGUUUCACGAGAAUCGGCCAACUGUAAGAGCAUUAGAUGGAUAGCUAUUUGAGACUAAUAGAUUUUGAAGUCUAUUUCUAGAAUACUAACAACGUGAAAGGCAAUGACAUACUCUGCGAGAUGACGUCGCCUCCUGUUAUUUGACAUCUAGUGGGUGACCGGAGGUGGUCAGCAGAGUUGGCCCGCAAUGAAACAGGAAUACUCAGCUGCAGCCCUGUACACAGUCUAGUUCUCCCAUGUCUGAGGUUUAAAAAAAAUCUUGUUUCUAUCUUGUUUAGCCCCUUUUUUCAUAUCUUGCUUUGAAGAUUGAUGUGAAAUUUAUGUCAAACAAGAACUGCUGGCGGGAAUGGGAACGUCUUUACCGUAAAUUCGGAGACGGUGUUCAUCCUUUUCCAUCCAGUUGCGGUCCAUAGAUGUCCUCGUUUUUUUUUUUUCAGAGGCAGAGAAUGGCAGAAGACAAAACAGGGUAAUUGCUGCUUGCAGUAUGUAAUUGAACAAAUUAACAUUACAUACUCAAAAAAUACACGAUUCUACGGCAGUGUAACAAUGCUGCCUUCAUUAAGGCCACCUCAAGGCCACUUAUCACAAUCAUUAGGUUUUUAAAAACUAUGGGCCUACAAAGGAGUGAUUAUUCAUAAUCUUUUGGUAAUCAGCCCUUAAAAUAAUUUUUUUUAAAAUCACUGACGAAAGAAAUGAAUGAAAUAAAAGUAACAAUUUUC